CGUCAUCAAUCACCGUCGGAGGUUGCCCAGCCAGUUUCGAGUCAAGAAGAACGUUCUAAAGUGAAAAAUCCCGUUUUAUUUGUUCGCAUUUACUGUUGUCUGGUUGACGCUGGCUAAAAAGGUUAUUCCUAUUAAAGUUAUCAACUGAUAGGCGCUCUACCUAAUCGGAAAAAGUGAACUCAAGUGUAAAACUCGCGUCGUAGUAGUAAACAACAAGGAGACAAGAUUGUGCCCGAGAAGCGAUUGCCCUGCUACAUCCUGCUGACCCAAUGGCUGCCAUCAUGGACGGGAAUCACCACCAGGAGCAGCUGCUGCCGUCCCGGGAGUUUGAAUUCUUCCGUGCGGGAUAUGAUCGACGAUGUGAGAAACCGAUAACGACGAUCUUUUUCGAUCUGGACAAUACGCUGAUACCGACCCGGAAGGGGGACGCGAAGGCUUGCAGUAAGAUCGCAGACAUUCUUCAAAACGAAUACGGCUUACAGCGUGAGCUCGCCUCCGAAAUCAGCACCACUUUCCUGACGUCCUACCGUCGUUGUCCGGAUAAUCCGGACAUUCUGCUUGCCCAGUGGCGCACCCAGCUGUGGGAGGAUGCCCUCCCAAGUGGACGCAAACAUCUGGCCGCCCAGUUGUACCCCCGAUGGGUGGAGUACCGGACGCGUUAUCUCGCCCCCAGUGCGGAAAUCGUCUCGAUGCUGCAAACCCUCCGGCUCCAGUACCUGCUGGGCGUCGUCACCAAUGGACCGUCGGCAUCGCAGUGGGAAAAGAUUGACAGGUUGGCUUUGGGUCGUUAUUUCGAUUGUAUUCUAGUUUCCUCAGAUCUUCCGUGGGCCAAGCCGGAUCGGAACAUUUUCUACGCCGCCUGUCACUAUCUGGGGGUGCAGCCGGAAGAAUGUGCCAUGAUCGGUGAUAAACUGGAGACCGACAUACAGGGUGGCCUUGAGUCGAAGCUUGCUGCCACCAUUUGGCUUCCACUGCCAAAAGAUCUCCGCUUGAUGCAUGACAAGAGCCUAGCCGACCUGGACCAUCAGAUCCAGCCGGACUAUAUCGUGGAGAAUGUACUGGAUCUGCCUGCGGUACUGCCACUGACGACGUCGUUCUGUCAGCAACGCUGCCGCCCGGUUGUGGAGAGGAGGGGUUCAAACUCGUAUAUUCCAAAGACGACCCGUAACCGUGAGGCUAGCUACAACCGAUUUCUACCGGACGUUCCGGAUCUAUACAGCUCGAGUAGCAACUCGUGUGACAGCAGUGGCACCCUGGAAAGUCACUAGAUUUGAUUGGGAAACCUUAUUAAAGUAGGUUAUUGGAGAAAUAUUGCAACUAUGCGUGCAGUAACUUAACACUAAAGAUCAAACACUAAUGCAGCGCAUGCUUUUCAUUAGAAAAGCCUAAAUUAUAAUUAUAUUUAUCGCGUUUUUUUUCAAGAUUUUUUAUUUUACAACAAAAUUAAUACUCAGUUUUGGCGAAUUGAACAAAAAAAAAUUAAACUUAUGAUUGGAUUUCGCGAAUAAAAAAACACACACAUAGGGGGAGGAGGGGCAUAGUGAACAGGUGGGGCAUAGUGAGCAUCCCGCAGCUUGGCUCUGGAUCUCCAGCUGCAUGAAACAAAUCAACUGGUAGUAGCUUCAAUAUCAUUACGAUAUUGAUCCUACCACGAACCAAUUUGUUCCGAACGGCCGGAAGUCCAAGCUGAUGUACGGGAUGCUCACUAUGCCCCACCUGUUCACUAUGCCCCCUCUUUCCCCUACACCAAAACAGGGCACGACUUCCUCCAUAUUCUCGAAUUGGAUAAUCAACGUACCUGAGAAGCAUAAGGAGACGAUAAAAGAAGCAUAAAACAUCAAUCUCAUAUAUAUAUUUUUCUGUAUACGUUCACCCACACAAAACACGCCAUUUUGAUAAAGGAAAAAGAUGCCAUUAUCUUACGAGACCACCUCAACACGAAACACAAACACGAUCUGGCUGGGCCAGAAAUGCCAUUUUACUACACUAUUAUAAAUCACGCUGAAGCAUCCUUGGGCGAAUAAUGAAAGGAGAAAAAAAAAACAGUUAGCUUUUGACUGUCAACAAUUAAAAAUGAUCAAUUCGAGCUGACACGUAACGCUAUAUUAGUGGAUAGUAGAUCUAUUCUCGGGUUUGUAAUGUAGACUGGCCAAGGGCUGUUGCUGGCUGUAACAGAGACGCAUAGGUACAAUAGAAGAUGACUGUAGCGAUAGAGGCUUCCAGAAAGUUUAACAA